GUAUAUUAGGAAAAGAAAAGGCUAUAGAUUGGGAACUUGGAUAUGCAAUGACCAUUUAUAUCAGUCAGAGAAUAACACUUAAAGCUUCGCAACGCAUUUGGGUUAUUAAUAAAAAUUUAGCCUGGGACAAUCUAAUUUAUCUCGCAGUUGGUCAUGUAAAAUAUUUGAGCCAACUUAUUUGGAUUAAAGAUCUCUCAUUACCUCCUGAGAUUAAAGAUGCAAAAAAUAAAAAAGCUAUCAAACAUUUAUUAAGACCAUUUAUUUUUGAAAAACUUGUAGGAUAUAUGGAUCAAGAUAAGAAAAAAGGUCAUGAAUUUAACUUAUCUGUUGAUUAUAUCCUUGUAUUAAAAGAUUUGCAAAAAAAUAAAUGUGAAUUAUGCUUCAAUGAAAUGUUGUGGGAAUAG